UUCAAUUCAGUAUAAAACCAUACAAGCAAGUUCGAUUCCCCACAUAUCUUCAAUACAAAAGAUGGGAACAGACAUACAAUUUCCCUAUUACACAAUGAGCAUCUUCUUCACAACUGUUCUGUUAUGUUUCCUCACAGUAAACCCUGAAAUCAUUCUUGAAUCUCCAUCGACAAGUCCACCUUCAUCAUCAUUAUCUCCAUUUGUCCCUGAAAUCUUCAACUUCAUAGACCAAAGAAUCGCCUUGGUUUUCCCAAUCAUCCAAACCUUCAAGAACACGAUCACCUCGGAUCCAUUAGGUGUGACCAAAACCUGGGUUGGUCCCAACAUUUGCAACUACACAGGCUUCUACUGUGACAACCCUCCCGACAACCUCACCGCCAUCACCGUCGCCUCCAUCGACUUCAAUGAGUUCCGGCUGGUUGCCCCGAGCCUUGAGGGGUUCAUCGAUAAGCUGCCGGACUUGGCUCUGUUCCAUGCCAACUCCAACAACUUCUCAGGGACAAUACCGCCGACAAUAUCGGAGUUGAGGUUUCUGUACGAGCUUGAUGUGAGUAAUAACUUGCUUUCCGGGACGUUCCCUGUGGCGGUUCUGGGCUUGCCCAACCUGUCGUUCUUGGAUAUUAGGUUCAAUUUCUUCUCCGGCAAUGUUCCGCCGGAGAUUUUCAUGCAGAGCCUGGACGUGGUUUUCCUCAACGACAAUAACUUCAUGCAGAGGCUUCCCGUUGACUUGGGAGACACGACGGUGUUGUAUCUCACUUUGGCUAAUAACAAGUUCACCGGACCCAUUCCCCGUAGCAUCGGAAGAGCCUCGGAGACUUUGCUGGAGAUCUUGUUCCUCAACAACCAGUUAACAGGUUGUCUUCCCUACGAAAUAGGGUUUUUGACAAAGCUGAGACUUCUGGACGCCGGAAACAACCACUUGACAGGACCGUUGCCGUGCUCGCUGGGGUGCUUGGAGGCAGUGGAGCAAUUGAACCUGGCCGGAAACUUGCUGUACGGGCAGAUUCCGGAGGUGGUGUGCGCACUGGGGAAUCUGGUGAACCUUUCCUUAUCGGAUAAUUACUUCGCAAGAGUAGGACCACUGUGCAGGAAGCUGAUAAAAAGAGGAGUUCUUGACGUGAGGAAGAACUGUAUUUUCGGAUAUGGGGUUUCAGAUCAGAGACCCACAGAAGAGUGCUUUCGAUUCUACAUGCACCCAAGGUCUUGUUUCAAUCCCGCGUCGUUUAAAUUCAUACCUUGUAAGGUAUCUCCAUGGGGGCAUCUUCCUAGAGUUGGUCGCACGCCUAACAGGCAUUUACUAUCCUACUCUGCUCUUUCCAGAGCCAGAAUUGUGUAAUAUAUUACGUUGUUCAAAAUUCAAAUAAUAAGUAUUUUUUUUUUAUACAACUGAAAAUAAUAAGUAUUUUUUUUGUUAGAUAUAAAGUGUUUGAAUUCCAAUCCCUAUUAUAAGACUUACUGUUAUUGCUA